AUGAAGUCUGGUGCUCUUGUGAUCCUUGUGGGGCUCCUCACCCUCUGGGCUGAGCUGACACCCACCUCUGGUCAGAAGCUUCCAGUGAAGUCUGGCACCUGUCCUGCUCUGAUCCAGAACAACGACACCGAGUGCGGCCAGUUCUGCUCCACGGACAACAGCUGCCCAGGGAGCGAGCGCUGCUGCCAGACCGGCUGUGGGCAACAGUGCAUGCUCCCACUUGAGGUCUACCCUGGAUACUGCCCCAGGCUGAGCCCCCAGCCAGGCCAGUUUGCGAACUGCUCAGCGAUUUGCAACAAUGACCAGGACUGUGCCUCAGGCUACUUACCACGCAAGAAGUGCUGCAGCAAUCGGUGCGGGAAGACUUGCCAGGUGGCUGAAGAAGAGCACCCUGGCGUGUGUCCCAAAAGGGAUCUAGUAAACACCUUUGUCCCUUGCAAUGACACCUGCAGAGACGACCGAGAGUGUCCCCUCACCCAGAAGUGCUGCUUCACCGGGUGCAGCCUGGGCUGCCUGGACUCAGUUCGCAGUGACAGAUGCCAGCUGCCACCCAAAACUGGACCAUGUUUAGCAGCCUUCCAACGAUACUACUACAACCCAGAGGAGAAGAAGUGCGUCCUGUUCACCUAUGGUGGUUGCCAGGGUAACAGCAACAACUUCGAGACAAAAGAGGCAUGCGAGGCAGCCUGCGGGAAAAUCAGCCCAGAGGUUUGCAAGCUGCCCAGCGAGACUGGUCCAUGCCGGGCUUACUCAGAAUUCUUCUACUACAACUCAACUCUUUCCUCCUGCGAGAAGUUUGUUUAUGGCGGUUGCAGAGGGAACGACAAUCGGUUUUACACAAAACUGGAGUGCAAAAUGGUCUGCGGAACUUCAGGUAAAUCAGCAAACUCCACCACAACAUCUGGUUGA